AUGGCUAGGACGGGUGCACAAGUAACAAUGAUUAGAUCGUUUGCCUCGGUGUUUCUUUUUUCAAAGAAACUUGCGAAACUUAAAGCGGCGAGAUUUGCAUCUAGUAGGAGCAUUAGGUUGAGAAUACUUGAUGCAUCUGGAAUGAAACUUCAUCUUGAUGAGGNGACUUCUGGUGUUCUUCAAGGAAUGAUAUCCAUCACCAAACUGUUGGUUGUGUUGAUUGCUUUUUUGGCUUCUUUGUCAGUAUUAUCUCGAACUUGUGUUCCUUGGUUUCUAAAGCUGAUGAUAAGCCUAUCGUCACAGACCAAUGAACUCUAUCAAUUGGCAUCAGUUGCAUUCUGCUUGCUUGUAGCCUGGUGUAGCGAUAAGCUAGGCCUUAGUCUGGAACUGGGGUCUUUUGCCGCUGGAGUAAUGAUAUCAACAACUGAUCUUGCUCAGCAUACACUAGAACAAGUCGAACCUAUUCGCAACUUCUUUGCUGCUCUCUUCCUUGCUAGCAUUGGGAUGCUGAUCCACGUUCAUUUUCUUUGGAAUCACAUUGACAUAUUAUUAGCCUCUGUCAUAUUAGUGAUCAUCAUAAAGACAGCUGUAGUCACCACAGUUGUCAAGGGAUUUGGUUACAACAACAAGACCUCUGUUCUUGCUGGAAUGUCUCUGGCACAGAUAGGGGAAUUUGCAUUUAUUCUCCUUAGCCGUGCUUCUAAUCUGCAUCUGGUUGAGGGGACAUUGUACCUGCUGCUUCUUGGGACAACAGCUCUGAGCCUGGUGACAACUCCUCUGCUUUUCAAGUUAAUUCCUUCUAUUGUACAUCUUGGGGUGCUGUUACGGUGGUUCUCCCCUGACAGUGCUGUUGAGAUGGGAUUUAAAGGGGAUAACCUUCGAUCAGAAAGUGGGAAGCAGCGAGUUACCCUUCUUCCCAUUUCGACUCUGGAAGAAUCCCAUGAUUCAUGAAUAUGAAGUGGAAAGGGAAUUGCUAGUUUUUCUUGACAAGUAUUUCCUACUGAGGCUUCCACUGUGCAAAGAGGACAUAGACAUACUAUUUUGUUUACAUAAAGCUGUGUGUUACCAGGGGGAUCAGAUAUCAACCAAAUGAAAUCGGCCCUCCAAAAUGGAAGAUAAGGAAGAGGUAAUCCACUAACAAAUGAGAGUACUAACUGAUUUUCUUGUACCUGGAAUUGGAUCAUCAUUCUUUUCCAACAGUUUUCCUUUUUUUUUUUUCAAUUGUAUCAUAGUUUCCAGCUUGUAAUUCAGAAUCAAUAUUCAUAGUUGAUAGCUAUUCUUUGCUAA